AUGAGCCCCUCUAUCAUUACUGGUGAACAAAAGCGUCCUAAUAUCGUGGUUAUAGACAAACAACGGAGUUGGGUAUUUGUUUUGGAAUUAACUGUCGGUUUUGAGACCAGAAUUAAAGACAAUGCUGUACGUAAACACAAUCAUUAUAGUGGUCUAUGUUCUGAACUAAGAAAUCAGUAUAACAAAGUAAAGUUUGUCAACAUCUCGGAUGGAGCUUUGGGAAUUCUGGGAAAGAGCAGUCGUUCAUUCAUGGAUUUAUAUCUAACGACUUGUUAUUAGAUAAUAAAAAAAAACUAAUUAUCUAAUUGCUAAAAUAGGUGCAUGUUGUAUUAGAUCAACUUAUUAUAUAUUCUGCCGCAAAGACAAGGACUGGACGGAACCUAACUUAUUAACAUGGUAGUAUUUUUCAAUUGUUGUAAAUAUACAGUAUCUAAAUAUCUUUUACAUUGUAAAUUUUUAGCUUUCCCUUUCUUCCUGAUUGUACCAUAAUUGAGCCUUCUGUCUGUGUUCCAGAGAUUAAGGUUGUACCUUAGUAUAGUUAUGAAGUAAAAUUUGAUGUUUCCAUUAUUAUUAUUAUUAUUAUUAUUAUUAUUAUUAUUAUUAUUAUUAUUAUUAUUAUUCGUUCUACAUAUUUUGCUGUAGAAAUAAAGAAUGGACAAAUCCGGAACUAAUGAACAUUUAAAGUAACUAUUUCAAUAAAUAAUUAACAAUUUUUGUAUAUAAAACUAUAACCAUGUAUAAGUGAUUCAAGUAGUCAAUUGUAGGUUACCUCAAGAAGUGAGAUUUACAAUUGUAUAUAUCUACAAAUGUUCUAUUAAUAAAGUUUUAAUUAUUAUAAAAAAGAAUACUUUACGUAAAAAUACUUUUCUCGUCGCGUAUGGCAAAGUUGGGCGGGACUUUAUCGACCAGCUAACACAACAUAUAAACGAUUGGAACAACGCAUCGCAAACACAACACAUAGCGCUGAAAGCUGCAAUUGUUCUCUUGGCAACGACACUGCAAAAGCCAAGCGUAAAAUCGAAGGCAAAAGAUCACAAAGAGUGCUUGGAAAAACGACUAGCGCUAUGGAAAGAAGGAGAAAUCGAGAGCCUACUUCGUGGAGGCCGGUCCAUUCAAAAGCGUCUAGCAAAGGCUAAAAGGACCGAUCCUCCAAAUAAAGCGAAUAUAUUCGCCAAGUUGGUCAUGGAAGGUCAGAUCAAUUCUGUUUUGAGAUAUCUCAGUGAGGCUGAUUGUGAUGGAGUGCUGCCUUUGACUGACGACGUGAUGAGACAGCUUCAGGAGAAACACCCUGAGGCACAAGAGGCCAAACUUGGCUCGUUACUCUUCGGGCCAUUUGAGGAAGUGCCCGAUUCGUUAUAUCAGCAGAUUGAUGGCGAAAUGAUACGCGAGAUGGCAUUGCAAACCAAGGGCUCCGGCGGCCCUUCAGGAGUGGAUGCAAAUGGAUUCAACCGUAUUUUCGCAUGUAAAUCGUUUAAGAAAUCAGGCGUAAACUUGUGUGAGACAGUAGCAACAAUGACCCGGCGGCUAUGUACGGAAUACAUUGACCCGAGAACUAUCGAGCCUAUAUUAGCCAACAGGCUUAUACCUCUUGACAAAGGCGAGGGCGCGGUUCGUCCAAUUGGCGUCGGGGAAGUUAUCAGGAGGAUUGUCGGGAAAUGUGUUAUGAAAGUGAUUAAGCCCGACGUGAUUGAUGCCAGUGGAUCGCUACAGGUGUGCGCAGGUCUUAAGAGCGGAAGUGAGGCAGCCGUUCAUGCGAUGCACUCCACAACAUAACAGUUCUGUGUCCAUGUAUGUCAACCUACGCAAUAAACACCUAUCGCGAACCAGCUAGACUAUUUAUAUCUGGUGGAGGAGAGCUCAAGUCCACCGAGGGUACCACAGAAGGGGAUCCCCUGGCCAUGGGGAUGUAUGCCAUCUGUCUUCAACCCCUGAUCACCGGAUUGAAUGUGUCAAGCAACGUUAAGCAAUGUUAGUUUGCUGACGACGCGAGUGGCACGGGAUUUCUGGAAGAUAUCAAGCGAUGGUGGGAACACCUGAAUGAAACUGGCCCUAAUUUGGGAUACUUUCCAAAUGCUAAGAAAUGCUGGCUGAUCAUAAAGCCUGGAAAAGAAGAAAGUGCUCAUGCUAUUUUUGAUGGGAAAGCGAUCAAUAUCCCUGCGCAGGGGCAAAAGCAUUUGGGCGCAGCCUUGGGUUCUAUGGCUUUCCUGGAAGAAUACUUAAACGGAAAGGUAGAGGACUGGGUUAGCCAAAUCGUCAAGCUAGCUGAAUUCGCAGCGUCACACCCACAAGCCUGCUAUGCCGUCUUCAGCUUUGGCCUCCGUCAUCGAUGGACGUAUUUUCUUAGAACACUUCCAGAUAUAGAAGAUUUACUGGAGCCCUUGGAGCGUGCUAUUGCUAAUGUCCUGAUACCAUCAAUUACGGAUCAUCACUGUACAAAGAGUGAAAGGCAUCUCCUGGCACUCCCAGUACGAAUGGGCGGUCUUGGCCUUAUAAAUCUUAGACAGGAUACAGCACUGCA